AUGGUCCUGCAGAUUAAUUUGCAGCACAACAAGACGGCCUCCGAUGUGCUGUGCAGGAUUUUUGACAAGCUAAUAGACAUAGCUUUAAUCCAAGAGCUCUAUGUCUAUGGAGGCCUAGGACCUAGUGGCAGUACAGGGCAUGCAGCUAAGAACCCACCACCAGAGGAGGUCAGAAACCUCAUCCAAUAUUGUCGAGAAAGGAACAGAGGCCUAUCCGCGGCUGCAAACGCACAUCAUAAGGUCUGGGGCAGCACCGAUAUCAACGAUAGAAGUGAGUGUCUAUUUGAAUAUCUGUGCCAAACUAAUUUAGAUAUAGUCAAUAGGAGAAAGGCACCCACUUUCGUCACAAGAGCCAGGCAGAAGGUGCUUGACCUCACGCUAGCUACUCCCUUGCUUGAUUUCAACGUUGUCAACUGGCAUGUCUUUCGGGAAGCUUCGCUCUCCAAUCAUAGUCAUAUAGUCUUCGAUCUAGCGGUGUGGGGCCCUGUGGAGGAAUUAAUAAGAAUCUCUAAUUUCAUGGACUGGACGCUCUACCAGGGGCUCCUGAAGGGAGAAUUAGAGAAUUUCAAUUUAACUAUAACAGGCAUAAAGAAUUUGAAUAAUGCCGCAACCUGUAUAACACCAUCCAUAGGGCCUACGAAAGUUGCUGCCCUACAAAAUAUAAAAAGUCCUCUGCCACAACAUCAUGGUGGAAUCGGUGUGCUAUCGGAUCCCGUCCGAUGGAAUCAAGGCCUGGAGGAGUUGCGCUCCUCGGCCAGAAAGCUUUUUAAUAAGGCCAAGAGGGCCAAGCGUCAAGAAGAUUGUGAUCGGUACAGGAAGGCCCUUACUAAUUACAAUAAAGAACUGAGGAGGUCUAAAAGAAAAUCAUGGAGGAGCUUCUGUGAAAGCAUUUACGAUUUUCCCGUUGAGGCUUGCCUACAAAGAGUAAAGGCAAAAAACCAUUCCAACCAAAUUGGCCAUCUGCUCAGGACAAAUGGCAAAUACACAGCUGACCCUGGGGAGAUGUUAAGACUUUUGUUAAGCACUCAUUUUUUUGGCUCUCAUUUUGUUGAGGACAAAACGGAAAGAGAGGAGAGGACCUUGUUGCCCCAUCACCCUCUUCUCCGCGGAGUCAGAGGACUUGCCAAUCACAUCUUUAUGCCUAACAGGUUAAAAUGGGCAAUCUCAUCCUUCAAACCAUACAAAUCUCCGGACGGCAAUGGGAUCUUUCCGGCCGUACUUCAAAAGAGCCUGUUCUAUCUGCUGCCGCACAUUACAUAUUUGUACGAACACAGUUUUAUGCUGGGGUAUAUCCCCGAGCAGUGGAGGCAGGCUAACGUGGUCUUUAUACCAAAGGGUGGAGGGCGUUUCAGUGCCCAAUCCAAUUUGUUCAAACCGAUUAUCCUCACCUUCUUCAUGCUAAAAAGCAUGGAAAAGGUGCUGGACCAGUAUCUCAGAAAUAAGGUGCUGUCAUAUGCACCACUCCAUAAAAAUCAGCAUGCUUACCAAAAGGCAAAAUCUACCACUACUGCCUUGCAUUGA